UGGUAUUUUCAUAAGCCAUAGGUCUGUAUUGUAAACACUAUAUAUAUUGAAUGUUAGAGUUAACCUACAUCAGGUUAAUAGAAUUAUUUCCCACACUUGUACAUGGUAUCACAGCUUAGGUUUUCCUAAAACACAAACGAAAAAAAACAACAAAAAUUAACCCUUUGAUUUUUUUUCCAAACACUGUUGUUUUUGUUUUUUUUUUACAAUUAUGACUUCUGCGCCUGCUUCCGCCGCGCCUGUCACCGCUGCCUCCCCCUCGUCGGCGUCGACCUCCGGGGUUCCGUUGCCUCCGCCGGCGAGCAGCACCGUUGUCGCUCCUCUGUACGGCACCUCCUUCACGCAGCACAGUCCACAGCGACUCUCUUUUCCUUCUGCCGCUGCUGUGACCUCGGAUCUUUUUGCUGGAUCCUAUUUUCCCAGCCCUGGUCGGCCAGAGUACCUUCCCCUGCCUCAGUGACGCACGCCACCCAACGGUUUCUGCCCGGUUUUCCAACCUCAGCCCCGGCCACCACUCUCGGCGGUGCAACACCUGCAAUCUACUCCACCCUGCCGACCACUCCUCCUGCCUGGUCGUACACCAACACGUCCAUGCCGCUGGUAGGGACGUCCAAUCUGUCCUCUGUUUUCACCCUUCCGCAUCUUUCGACCCCUAAUUUGACGAAUCUGGUAACCAUUACUUUAUCUUCUCCUGAAGAUUAUUUAUUAUGGAAAACGCAAGUAACUUGCCUACUACUUUCACAUCAAUUACAAGGCAUUGUUGAUGGUACUGCUGUUAUUCCUCCUACUACUUUUAUUGAUGAUUCUGGUCAUAAUGUUCCCAAUGUUCACUUUUAUGAAUAUUUGCGUAUUGAUCAACAAGUAAAAUCGUGGAUUUUUGCCACCUUAUCUAGGGAUGUUUUUGUGGAUGUUCAUGAUUUAUCUACCUCUGUAGAAAUUUGGACUAGAUUACAAUCUAGAUUUAUGCAUGCUUGUAUGGCCAGAUCAAUGGAAUUAAAGGGCCGAUUAACUCGUAUUAAAAAGACUGCUUCCUAGACCAUGGAUGGAUAUUUACGUGAGAUUAAGGUGAUUGCUGAUUCCCUUGCUGCUAUUCAAUGUCCUGUAUCGAACCAGGAUUUAGUGCAGUAUAAUCUCUUUGGCCUAGAUCGUGAUUCUGAGUACGAUCAUAUAGUUACCACUCUCCUGCAUGCAUUAUCCAUUCCCAAUCAGUUUUGAUGAUUUGCGUCCCAAGUUGCUACUGCAUGAACAAAGAUUGUUAAAUUCUAAGGAUGCAUUUGAUUCUCAUCAUGCCUUAUUUGCUGUUAAAUCUACUGGUUCUAGAUCAAGUUCCUCCUCCGGCUAGUUCUGGAGGGAGAAAUCGGGGGAGGAAUAACAGAAGCAGAGGUGGUAAUAAUAAUCGUGGGGGUAACAACAAUCAAAAUGGUCGUGGAAAUACUGGUGGAAAUGGAGGAAACAAUAAUAAUCGUGGCUCUGGAGGAAACAACAACAACAAUGGUAAUCGGGGAUGCUCAAAUGGUAUGAGUAAAUAUUCUAACUUGUCAUCCUAUAGUAUGCCUUGCCUAGAUUAUAUUACUAAUAAUUUGUCGUCUGCAGGGAGUAAUUCAUCAAGUAGUAACAAUGUUACCUCUACCCCUACUUCCGAUACAUGUGGUUUAUGUUGGUUUCCAGGUCACCAAGCUGCCUAUUGUCCUCAACGUUUCAAUUCCAGCUUUGUUCCCUCCUCCACUGAAAGUGUCACUCGAGCCUUAGCUGCACUAUCUGUUGGUGGUAAAGCUAAUGACUUAGUCUGGUACCCGGAUUCGGGAGCUGCCUCUCAUAUGACUCAUCAGGAUGGACCAGAUAACAGGGGGAAGUUCUGCUUCAGGGAACCUGUAAGUAAGGUGUCUACCCUCUUCAGCCCAGCAUUGUCCCUCCUGAUCCUUCUGUUCCUGCUUUCCUAGCCAUUAAGGAGUCUGGUGACGUGUGGCAUGCUCGACUGGGUCAUACAUCUUCUAGCAUUUUACGAACUUUAUGUUCAAAUAAAUACAUCACAUGUACCUCUAAAUUUCAUGAUGAUUGUGUAGGAUGUAAGCUAGGAAAAAUACAUCGUUUACCUUUUGCUUCUGUUGAACAUAUUUCUUCAUAUCCAUUAUAUAAAAUUCGUAGUGAUCUUUGGC